UGAGGUUGAGUUAGUUGACAUCUUUGAACACCCACCACUACUAUCCUACUUUGCAUUUAUUAUUCCCAUUUUUCUUACCCACAUUCCGACGAAAUUACCAACGCCAUCAUUCAUUCUAAUCAAAUCCUUUACCUCCUCCUCUUUCUCUGUGUUCUUCCCUUCUAUUACAGACUUGGAAUUUGUUUUUAUGGAUUUACCUUUCUUUUUACUUACCAAUUCCUCGCGGUUUGAUCGCCGCUACCAGUUUUUUGGUUUCCCUGUCCCCCACUUUCUAACAUUUCUAAACCAUCUUUCUUCAACUUCACCCUUUCAGAUCGCUUCUUAUUUUUGAUUUUUUGGGUUUCUUCUUAUUUAUCUUCUUUUGUUUUGUGUGGUUCUCUGCUAAAAAGGGUGAUGGGAACGAGCGGAUUUCGUGGUUAUUUGCUGCUCAUUAUAUGGGUUUCUCUUCUUCUGCGGUUUAGACCUUGCGCCGCUGGUUUUCAGAGCGUUGGGCAGAUUUCUCCUGGGCUUCAAGGAACUCAAAUGAAUUGGGUCGAUCACGAUGGGGUGUUUCUUCGAUCUAAUAACUCUGAAUUUGGAUUUGGAUUCACUAAUCAACAGGAUGUAACGCAGUAUUAUCUAGCGAUUAUUCACUUGAGUAGCAGGAGUAUUGUCUGGACUGCGAAUCAGGCCUCGCCGGUUACGACUUCGGAUAAAUUUUUGUUUGAUGAGAACGGUAAUGUAGUUUUAUAUCAUGAGAGCAAUGUGGUUUGGUCUACGAACACUGCGAAUAAAGGAGUUUCUGCUCUUGCGUUGAGGGAUUCGGGAAAUUUGGUUUUGUUUGGGAGUGAUAAUGCAGUAAUUUGGGAAAGUUUUGGCCAUCCGACUGAUACACUUUUGUCGAAUCAAGGUUUUGUUGAGGGAAUGAGACUUGUAAGUAAGCCUGAUUCCAAUAAUUUGACGUAUUUUCUGGAAUUAAAAUCUGGGGAUAUGGUUUUGUAUUCAGGAUUCAAAACUCCACAACCGUAUUGGUCAAUGAGUAGAGAGAAUCGCAAAACGAUUAACAAAGAUGGUGGGUCUGUAAUCUCUGCAACUCUAACAGCAAACUCGUGGAAUUUCCAUGGCGAAAAUGAUGUUUUACUCUGGCAAUUUGCUUUCUCAACUAAUACUGAUUCAAACGCUACAUGGACUGCGGUUCUGGGUAACGAUGGAUUUAUCUCCUUUUACAAGCUUCAAGAUGGUGGGUCUGGAGAUGCUUCGUCCAUUCGAAUUCCUGAAGAUCCUUGUGGAACACCAGAGCCAUGUGGGACUAAUUUUAUCUGUUACAGUGAAAAAAAAUGCCUCUGUCCUUCAAUUCUUGGCUCCCGUCCAAAUUGCCAAACUGGGAUUACUUCGCCGUGUGAUCAAUCUGCUGGACCUGUUGAGCUUGUGGAGUCUCAGGAUAAGAUUGGUUAUUUUGCACUUCAAUUCAUGCAGCCCUCUUCGAAAACAGAUUUGGAGAAUUGCAAAUCCUCUUGCAGAAGUAACUGUUCUUGUAUUGCUCUGUUUUUCCAAGCGAGUACAGGGGGUUGUUUCUUGUUUGAUGAGAUUGGUGGGUUUCUAAAUUCGAAAAAUUCCGAAGUCGUUUCGUACGUAAAACUGUUGAAAAACGGAGAAAACGGUGAAAACAAUGGCGCAAAUGGAAAUGGUGGAAAGAACUCAAUCCCUGCGAUUCUGGGUAUUGCUUUUUCCACUGUGAUUGUCAUUUGUGUUCUGAUUUACGUCGGAUUUCGAUACGUUAGAAAGAAGAAAGAACCUCCAGAACCUGCUCAAGAGAGUUCAGAAGAAGAGAAUUUCUUAGAGGGGCUUUCGGGAGCUCCAAUUCGUUACAGUUACAACGAUCUUCAAACUGCCACGGAUAAUUUCUCGGUGAAACUCGGACAAGGUGGGUUCGGUUCAGUUUACAAAGGAUUUCUACCAGACGGCACUCGCUUGGCCGUGAAGAAACUAGAGGGAAUUGGGCAAGGAAAAAAGGAAUUUAGAGCUGAAGUGGGCAUUAUUGGUAGCAUCCAUCACAUCCAUUUAGUCAGAUUAAAGGGAUUUUGUGCAGAAGGAACUCACCGUCUUCUUGCUUACGAGUUCAUGGCUAAUGGGUCAUUAGACAAAUGGAUUUUCAAGAAAAACAGAGCAGAUUUGUCGCUAGACUGGGAUACGAGAUUCAACAUAGCAGUAGGAACCGCAAAGGGAUUAGCAUAUCUUCACGAAGACUGUGAUGCUAAAAUCGUCCACUGCGACAUAAAGCCCGAAAACGUACUAUUAGACGACAAUUUCCAAGCCAAAGUCUCGGAUUUCGGGCUAGCAAAGCUAAUGAACCGAGAACAGAGCCAUGUGUUCACCACACUCAGAGGAACCAGAGGUUAUCUCGCUCCGGAAUGGAUCACAAACUACGCCAUUUCCGAGAAAAGUGACGUGUACAGCUACGGAAUGGUUCUACUAGAAAUUAUUGGUGGAAGAAAGAACUACGAUCCGACAGAAAGCUCAGAGAAAUCCCAUUUCCCAACUUACGCUUUCAAGAUGAUGGAAGAAGGAAGAAUGAAGGCCAUUCUUGAUGCUAAGUUGAACAUAAAGGAAAACGACGAGAGGAUCUUCAUAGCCAUUAAGGUGGCGCUGUGGUGCGUGCAGGAGGAUAUGCAUCAAAGGCCGCCCAUGGCUAAAGUGGUGCAAAUGCUAGAAGGGGUCUGCCCUGUGCCAAUGCCGCCAAUUUGCUCGCCGUUGGGUUCUCGACUGGUUGCUGCAGGGUUCUUGAAAUCUAGCAGUGAGGAAUGGACUUCAUCAGGGCCAUCCGAUUGCAAUAGCGAUGCGUAUCUUUCAUCGGUGCAGCUAUCUGGGCCAAGAUAGAUAGCCAUUAAAUUGUAUAAACUUGCACAUUUUUUUAGGAGUUUAGAACGUUGUAAAUUUUCGGAUUGCUGCAGUUUUGUAAACCGGCUUUUGUGUACACAAUUUUCUCAACAGCUUUAUGAAGAUUGUUCAACCUUCAUUUAUAGUUUAAAUGGUACAACAAGUUAUUUA